AUUAAAAGGGGAUAGAGAGAGAGAGAGAGAUAAUGAAGAACUCAACAAUUGCAGAUGAGAAAACAGAGCCACUGGGCAUGCUAGGAAUCCUGAAAGACGCACUAAGGCUCCCUCUCAAGAACAAAAACCUCAUGCUCUUUGUCACAGUCUCUUCAAUCCUCCCUCUCUCUCUGUUGCUUCUCUCUCAUCAGCUCCUCCUCCGGCCCCUCCUCGUCGACCUUCUCAUUCACAUGACCCUCCUUUCUGGAGAGAGAAAGAACAGCAAGGAGGCCCUAGAGACCAUGACCCAGAUCAGAAAGGAUGUAAAACUAAUACUAGCUUUUGAGGUGGCCUAUCUCCUCGUAGUCUCCAUUGCUGCCCUCUUUGCACUGGCAACUACAGUCUACACAGCUGCCACCGCUUAUGCAGGCAAACAUCUCACUAAAAAACAACUUCUCUCUAGGGUUUUCGCAACUUGGAAGCGGCCACUUCUCACUUGGGUCUUCAUCUUUCUCCUCUGUUUGUCAUAUUUUAUUCUCUUGAUGAUUUGUUUUGGGGUUCUAUCUCUCUUUGUACCUUCAAAGGCCAUGGCUGGUUUUUCAAUUGCUUUUAUUUUCAUGGGCCUUGGAGGUCUUAUUUAUCUGGUUACAGUCUGGGCUUUGGCCAUGGUGGUUUCCAUAGUUGAAGAUAAUUGUUAUGGGGUUGAGGCUUUGGAGAAGGCCAUUGCUCUUAUUAAAGGGAGGAGGGUGCAAGGGUUUUUUCUCUCUCUAGUUUUGGUGGUCCUCGAAGGUGUUAUGAGCUCUCUUUUAAGGGUUGUUGAGAAAGGAAGAGGAAAAAUGAGUGGUGAAAUUGAGGUUGGUGUGGUUUUGAUUAUCGGGUCUUGCUUGGUGAAGUUGUAUGCGGAUAUGGUGUACACAGUGUUCUACUUUGAGUGCAAGAAGAGGCAUGGAGAGAAGGUAAAGAUUGAGGAGGCAGGGAACACCCUACUGCCGCUUCUCAAUGUAAAUACUGCUUCAUAGCUUCUCUCUCUCUCUCUCUCUCUCUCUUAAUGUGAAUAGUGCUUGACAGGUUCUCUCUUUAUAAACUCCAUAAAGACACCAUUUAUUUUUUUUGUACACGGAGGGCGAGAGGGAUUGGCAUGAAAAUAUUAUGCA